GUGGGCUCCUUCUUCAUGAUUAACCUGUGCCUGGUGGUCAUCGCCACGCAGUUCUCGGAGACCAAGCAGCGGGAGCACCAGCUGAUGCAGGAGCAGAGGGCCCGGUACCUCUCCUCCAGCACUGUCGCCAGCUACAUGGAGCCAGGAGACUGCUAUGAGGAGAUCUUCCAAUACAUCUGCCACAUCAUGCGCAAAGCCAAACGCCGCACCCUUGGGCUGUACAACAGCAUACAGAGCCGGCGCCAGGGCCAUGUGGAGUCGAGCGAUGCUAAGCUAGGCAUGAACAGGAAAAGCCAGAGGCACUACAGGCUUUGCCAGCAGCACAACUCUCUUGACUGCCCUCCUCAGGACUUGGUCCAGCCCAUUGCUGUGACAACAACCUCUGAUCCCACCAACUGUCCCCGAUGCCAUAAGGGGGAGCACAAAGCAUCCCGAAGGCUCUCUGUCCUGGAUAGCGCUGACUCAGACCAGGAGGAUGGGGGAGCCGGCGAAGAGGAGGAAGAGGGAAGCAGAGAGAACCAGGGUGCCUCCACGCUGGAGAAGGAGGGGGAGGAAGAGGUGGAAGAAGGCGGACGGCUGAAGCUCUGUAGUGACAUGUGGAGAGAGGUGAGGGUCAAGCUUCGAGGGAUUGUGGACAGCAAGUACUUCAACCGUGGGAUCAUGAUCGCAAUCCUAGUGAACACUAUCAGCAUGGGCAUCGAGCACCACGAGCAGCCAGAGGAAUUGACCAACAUCUUGGAGAUCAGCAAUGUUGUCUUUACAAGCAUGUUUGCCCUGGAGAUGAUCCUGAAACUUGCUGCUUUUGGUCUCUUUGAUUACCUCCGCAACCCCUACAACAUAUUUGACAGUAUCAUCGUCAUCAUCAGCAUCUGGGAGAUCAUCGGUCAGUCGGACGGGGGCCUCUCUGUGCUGAGGACUUUCCGUCUCCUUCGAGUGCUGAAGCUGGUGCGUUUCAUGCCCGCGCUGCGACGCCAGCUUGUGGUGCUGAUGAAGACUAUGGACAAUGUAGCCACCUUCUGCAUGCUCCUCAUGCUCUUCAUCUUUAUAUUCAGCAUCCUGGGAAUGCACAUCUUUGGUUGCAAGUUCAGCCUCAGGACAGACACAGGAGAUACGGUUCCUGAUCGGAAAAAUUUUGACUCCUUGCUGUGGGCCAUUGUCACUGUAUUCCAGAUCCUAACCCAGGAGGACUGGAAUGUUGUGCUCUAUAAUGGCAUGGCUUCCACCUCGCCAUGGGCAUCCCUCUAUUUUGUGGCUCUCAUGACGUUUGGCAAUUACGUGCUCUUCAAUCUGCUAGUGGCCAUCCUCGUGGAGGGGUUCCAGGCUGAGGGUGAUGCCAACCGGUCAUACUCAGAUGAAGAUCAGAGUUCAUCAAACAUGGAGGAGUUAGAUCAGUUCCAAGAGGUCCAGGAAGGCUCAGAUCCCAAGCUCUGUGCAAUUCCUGUGACACCUAAUGGACACGUGGACCCAUCCUUGCCCUCUUCCAACCCAGCAGUGGCUGCUGGGGGGGUCACCAACUCUUCACGCAACUCCCUGCAGCCUGACCAGAUCCGUGUUGCUGUUGGCUCCCGAAAGAGCAGUGUGAUGUCUCUGGGGAGAAUGACCUAUGACCAGAGAUCCUUGUCCAGCUCCCGCAGUUCCCACUAUGGUGCCUGGGGCCACAGUGGGGCCUGGGGGAGCCGUCGCUCCAGCUGGAAUAGCCUGGCCCGGGGACACAGCCUGAAGAACAAACUUCCCUCUGCUGAGCACGAAUCCCUCCUGUCUGGGGAAAGGUACAGGGUGGCAGAUGGGGAGCCUGAUGGGACAGGAAGGGUGUUUCACCACCGUCGGACACUCUCCCUGGACAACAAAGGCUCCUGUGAUCUGCUGGAGUUGGCCUCAGUCCCCUCCAGCCACAGAGUGACCUGUAAGCUUGGAGCAGCAUCCGGGGCUGGCGAGCAUCAAGAUUGCAAUGGCAAAAUGCCUAGUAUUGCCAAGGAGAUCUUCCCAAAGAUGAAUAACCGCAAGGAACGGGGAGAGGAUGAUGAAGAGAUAGAUUAUAGCCUGUGCUUUCGCAUCCGGAAGAUGAUGGAAGUCUAUAAACCAGAUUGGUGUGAGUUACGGGAAGACUGGUCCAUAUAUCUUUUCUCUCCACAAAACAGGUUUCGCCUCCUCUGCCAAACUGUCAUUGCUCACAAGCUUUUUGACUACGUUGUGCUGGCCUUUAUCUUCCUGAACUGCAUUACCAUUGCCCUGGAGAGACCACAGAUUGAACACAGAAGCACGGAGAGAAUCUUCCUCACUGUGUCCAACUACAUUUUCACAGCAAUUUUUGUAGCGGAGAUGACACUUAAGGUGGUCUCUCUGGGCCUGUAUUUUGGGGAUCAGGCUUAUCUCCGCAGCAGCUGGAACGUCUUGGAUGGCUUCUUGGUCUUCGUGUCUCUCAUUGACAUUGUGGUCUCUGUGGCUUCUGCUGGUGGUGCCAAAAUCUUGGGGGUGCUGCGGGUCCUCCGGCUGCUGCGCACCUUACGUCCCCUCCGAGUCAUCAGCCGAGCCCCUGGCCUGAAGCUCGUGGUGGAGACACUCAUUUCUUCCCUCAAGCCCAUAGGAAACAUUGUCCUCAUCUGCUGUGCUUUCUUCAUCAUCUUUGGCAUCCUGGGUGUGCAGCUCUUCAAGGGCAAGUUCUACCACUGCCUGGGAGUCGACAUCAGGAACAUCACCAACCGGUCUGACUGCGUGGCCGCCAACUACAAAUGGGUGCACCACAAGUAUAACUUUGACAACCUGGGACAGGCUCUGAUGUCACUCUUUGUUCUGGCUUCCAAGGAUGGCUGGGUCAAUAUUAUGUAUAAUGGACUAGAUGCUGUGGCUGUUGACCAGCAGCCAGUGACCAACAACAACCCCUGGAUGCUCCUUUACUUCAUCUCCUUCCUCCUCAUCGUUAGCUUCUUUGUGCUCAACAUGUUCGUGGGAGUGGUGGUGGAGAACUUCCACAAGUGCCGGCAGCACCAGGAGGCAGAGGAGGCACGCCGGCGGGAGGAGAAGCGCUUGCGCCGGCUGGAGAAGAAGCGAAGGAAGGCGCAGCGUUUGCCGUACUAUGCUACCUAUUGUCCCAUACGCCUCCUUAUUCAUUCGGUCUGCACCAGCCACUAUCUGGACAUCUUCAUCACUUUCAUCAUCUGCCUCAACGUCGUCACUAUGUCCUUGGAGCACUACAACCAACCUGUGUCCCUGGAGACCGCCCUCAAGUACUGCAACUACCUGUUCACCACUGUCUUUGUGUUUGAGGCAGUCCUCAAGCUGGUGGCAUUUGGUCUGCGGCGAUUCUUCAAAGACAGGUGGAACCAGCUAGAUCUGGCCAUUGUGCUGCUGUCUGUCAUGGGCAUCACAUUGGAAGAGAUUGAAAUUAAUGCUGCUCUCCCAAUUAAUCCCACUAUCAUCCGGAUCAUGAGGGUGCUGCGUAUUGCCCGGGUCCUGAAGCUACUGAAGAUGGCCACAGGAAUGCGAGCACUGCUGGAUACAGUUGUUCAAGCCCUGCCACAGGUGGGAAACCUCGGACUGCUUUUCAUGCUCCUCUUUUUCAUCUACGCUGCUCUAGGAGUGGAGCUCUUUGGAAAACUCGUAUGCAAUGAUGAGAACCCCUGCGAGGGCAUGAGCCGCCACGCCACCUUUGAGAACUUUGGGAUGGCCUUCCUCACGCUCUUUCAGGUGUCCACAGGAGACAACUGGAAUGGGAUCAUGAAGGAUACCUUGCGUGACUGCAGCCACGAUGACCGGAGCUGCCUCAGCAACCUGCAGUUCAUCUCCCCACUGUACUUUGUCAGCUUUGUGCUCACAGCCCAAUUUGUCCUCAUCAAUGUGGUGGUAGCUGUGCUCAUGAAACACCUUGACGACAGCAACAAGGAGGCCCAGGAGGAUGCAGAGAUGGAUGCGGAGAUUGAGCUGGAAAUUGCACAUGGGCUGUGCUCCCGCAAGUCAGGCUCCCCAAGUUUAGGACAGGGAAAAGGAGCAGGAACAGGAGGAGGCAGUGGAAGAACAGAUCCUGAAGGACGUCUGUGCAUGAGAUGUUACUCUCCAGCACAGGAGAACUUAUGGCUGGACAGUGUCUCUUUAAUUAUUAAGGACUCCUUCGACGGGGAGUUAAUGAUCAUCGAUAACCUAUCGGGCUCCGUCUUCCAUCAUUACUCCUCGCCGGCCAUGUGCGAGAAGUGUAACCAUGACAAGCAAGAGGUCCAGCUGGCUGAAAUGGAAGCAUUAUCCCUCAACUCAGACAAGUCCUCUUCCAUCCUUCUAGGAGAUGAAUCAGACAAUCGCAGCACUUCUCAGCUGAGUCCUAAGGAGAUGAAGCACGAUGGCCAGAUCAGCCCUGACUCCAAUGGGGUAGGCGAUCUGGGGGAAUGCUUGCUCCCAAUAUCCAGUGCAGAUGGCUCUACAAACCCAGACAGUUACUUGUGUGAAAUGGGGAAAACUCCUUUCAACUCAGUCCAGUCUUGGCUAAAGCAUGAAAGUACCAAAGUCCCUCCCAGCCCCUUCUCUCCAGGUGCAUCUUGCCCUCUGUUGCCUGUACCAGCAGAAUUUUUCCACCCAGCCAUCCCUGCCAGCCAGACAGGGCCUGAGAAAGUCUCGUGUCCACGCAACCUUCCUAAGAUCUCUCUGCAAGGCUCAUGGGCAUCACUGAGAUCUCCAAGUGUGAACUGUUCACUUCUUCAUCAGGCUCCCGAGAGUGAUACCUCGCUGGACAGCCGGAGAAGCAGCGGCAGCCUGCAGACCACACUGGAGGACAGCCUCAACCUCAGCGACUCUCCCCAGUGCACCCUGGACCUCCCAGUGGCUCUGUGCCCCAUGCCAGUUGCCAGCAACCAAAG